AUGCAACCACCAGCGCAUAUAGAAUUUGCUGCGUGGCCGGAAGAAUACAAAGAGUGGGGGAAGUGGGCUUUACUCUCCGAACAAAUAGGCCGGUAUUGGGAAAGUUUGGGACAACACGGACUAGCGGAGACGGCGCACCGAAAAGCAUCGCUAUUAAGUACAGAGAUACUAGGGCCUGAGCAUCUCUUUACGCUGACGAGUAUGAACAACUUAGCGUUGGUACUCAAUAGCCAGGGAAAAUGCAAGGAGGCUAAGGCGAUAAACCAGCAAACACUAGCGCGAUAUGAGAAGGUGCUCGGGACUGAGCAUCCCUCUACACUAACAAGUAUGAAUAACUUAGCAGGGGUUCUAAGUAGCCAGAAAAAGUAUAAGGAGGCUGAGGAAAUGAACUGGCAAACACUAGUGCUGCGAGAGAAAGCGCUAGGGCCGAAACAUCCAGACACGCUAACUAGUAUGGGCAAUUUAGCAUGGGUGCUAAGUAGCCAAAAUAAGUACAAAGAGGCUGAGGUAAUAAACCGGCAGACGUUGGCGCUGCGAGAGAAGGUAUUGGGGCCUGAGCAUUUAGACACGCUAGCUAGUGUCUAUUGCCUUGCCUAUUUUCUUGCUAAGCAGUGUAAUAUGAAUGAGUCAUUACGGCUAUAUCAGAGGGCGGCUACCGGAUACAGCCUCAUCCUUGGAGAAGGCCAUCCUACUACAUUGGCUUGCUGCCAGCAUCACGCUGAGCAAACUUUUGGGAAUGUUUCUCAGACAUCGCUAGAAGCCCGUGUUUUUGAUGUGCUAGGUUCAUUUAACUAUAGACAUAAUUUAGCACUUCUAACUAAAAAUUAUAUUGCUAUUGCCGCUUCUUUGCAAGCUUGUAGCGUCUGGAAAAUGCUAGAAGGUUGCGGCUAUGCUGUAGAGACUCUAAGAUAG